AUGGAUGAUGAGCUGACGGCUUACUUUCCGCAGGCGGCUGAGCCCGCGAGUGGAGGGGUCCCGCGUCUCGUGCCGCCAACGACAAUUGUGAAUGAGAGCACAGUUUACCUUCUCCUCGGACAGUAUGUCACCGCGGGCUCUGCUCCCGCCAACGGGAGUGUGGCCCCCUACACGGACCUGCUGCUGGCAAAGGUGGCCUUCGACGCCAAGGCAACGCUCAGUGCGCAGACACGUCAAAUCAAGUGGGCCGACACCUGCUCCCCGUGGCCCUACUUCCCCACAACGAUUUAUUACAGGCCCAUCGUGGAGGUGGGCGGCGGCGGCGGCACUGGUGUCGUGCUGGACGACGGGACGCUCACCUUCCCAGCGCAGGCCCGAAAGGCAGACGGGACGGUGGUCUCCCUCGUCCUGCAGUCGCGAAGGCCCGAAGAAGACUGGGAGCUCUCGUGGGGCACGACUGUGAGCGGCUGCUCCAACCCCGCCAUCGCCGAGUGGGACAGGCAAUACGGGACCCUCUACAUGGUCACCUCCUGCGACGAGGGCUUCUACAGGGUGGUGAGGUCCCGUUACUGGGGAGAGGAGUAG